UACGGUCUUCUCUUCAUCGUCGGUCUUGGUCUCUGUCGUUUGUCGUUGUCUAUAUUUUGAUUAGUUCGCGAUCUUCAAUCUCUCUCUCUCUGGUCGAUCUUUUGUUCGAAUCUACUACGAUCGGAGAUUCUAAGUUGGUGGUGGGGAUCGCAGCUAUGUCGUACUCAGAUUCCGAUUCGUCGUCGUCUCAGGCUGGCGAAUACAAAAACUUCCGCCAGCUUACACGUGAACGACUCUUGUAUGAGAUGCUUAGAUCUACCAAGACUGGGAGCUCAAAAUCCACCUGGAAGGUACUAAUCAUGGACAAACUCACUGUCAAGAUCAUGUCCUACGCCUGCAAAAUGGCUGAUAUCACGGACGAAGGAGUUUCAUUGGUUGAAGACAUUUUUAGACGAAGACAACCUCUACCUUCACUGGACGCCAUUUACUUCAUCCAGCCAACUAAAGAGAACGUCAUCAUGUUCUUGUCAGACAUGUCUGGGAAAUCACCACUGUACAAAAAGGCAUUUGUCUUCUUCAGUUCACCGGUUUCUAAGGAGCUGGUUGGUCACAUCAAGAAAGAUUCGAGUGUAUUGCCCCGGAUUGCAGCAUUAAGAGAGAUGAACUUGGAAUUUUUCGCCAUUGAUAGCCAGGGUUUCAUCACCGACCAUGAGAGAGCUUUAGAGGAUCUUUUCGGUGACGAGGAAACUUCUAGAAAAGGCGAUGCGUGCUUAAAUGUGAUGGCCUCUCGAAUUGCCACAGUCUUUGCUUCACUACGGGAGUUUCCAACAGUACGAUACCGAGCUGCAAAGUCACUUGACGCAUCGACGAUGACAACUUUGCGCGAUUUAAUUCCCACGAAACUUGCAGCUGGAAUCUGGAAUUGUCUGGCAAAGCAUAAACAGUCGAUUGAAAAUUUCCCACAGACUGAAACGUGUGAGCUGCUCAUCCUCGACAGAUCCGUAGACCAGAUUGCUCCUAUUAUACAUGAGUGGACUUAUGAUGCUAUGUGCCAUGAUUUACUGAACAUGGAAGGGAACAAAUAUGUGCAUGUGAUCCCAACCAAUUCAGGCGGAGAACCAGAGACGAAAGAUGUGCUCUUGGAGGAACAUGAUCCUAUUUGGCUAGAGCUUCGACAUGCACAUAUAGCAGAUGCUAGUGAAAGAUUGCAUGACAAGAUGACCAAUUUCUUAUCGAAAAACAAAGCUGCUCAGCUUCAGCAUGGUAAGAGAGAUGGUGCUGAGCUUUCUACGAGAGAUUUGCAGAAGAUGGUUCAAGCAUUGCCACAAUACAGUGAACAAAUAGACAAGCUAUCUCUCCAUGUAGAGAUUGCUAGGAAAAUCAACGACCUUAUCAGAGAGCAGGGACUUAGGGAGCUUGGACAACUUGAACAAGACCUUGUUUUUGGUGAUGCUGGGAUGAAGGAUGUGAUCAAAUAUUUGAGUACUCAAGAGGAGGCAAGUCGUGAAGGCAAGUUACGCCUGUUGAUGAUCCUCGCAACCAUUUACCCUCAAAAGUUUGAAGGUGAAAAGGGUCAAAAUCUAAUGAAGCUGGCACAACUCUCAUCUGAUGACAUGAGCGCUGUAAAUAAUAUGAGAUUACUUGGUCCAGCCGUCGAUGCUAAAAAGAAUGCACCGGGAGGUUUCACCUUGAAGUUUGAUCUUCACAAGAAGAAACGAGGUGUCAGGAAAGAGCGUGAAGAGGAAGCAGCAUGGCAGUUAUCUCGAUUCUACCCCAUGAUUGAGGAACUGAUCGAGAAACUUAGCAAAGGAGAGUUGCCAAAAGAGGACUACCCAUGUAUGAACGACCCAAGCCCAAGUUUCCACGGAUCAACGUCACAUUCUUCAUCAGCUAGUAGUAGUAGUCAAGGUCAAGCUGCUCAGUCCAUGAGAUCAAGACGCACACCAACAUGGGCUAAACCAAGAGGUUCAGAUGAUGGAUAUUCAAGUGAUUCGGUGUUGAGACAUUCGUCUAGUGACUUCAAGAAGAUGGGACAGCGAAUAUUUGUGUUUAUCGUUGGUGGAGCAACAAGAUCAGAGUUAAAAGUGUGUCACAAACUAACCACGAAACUCAAAAGAGAAGUAAUCCUCGGGUCUACAAGCCUUGACGAUCCUCCACAGUUCAUAACGAAACUGAAGCUUCUGACUGCAAACGAGUUAUCAAUAGACGAUCUUCAAAUAUGAGAAUAGAAUCUCAAGUCAAAUCUUAGUCUUUGUUCUCUGGUCUCCCAAUCAAAUGUGUAACCAACCAUGUUAAAAGACAUGAAAGAAACGGAUAAAAGUGAUCAGAUUAUGAGAUCAUCGACUCUUAAGUUUACACUUAUUGUUUGGCGUCUAUAAAUGUAAAGCAGCUCAUGAAGUUGACUUCUAGAUCUUUGGCUAUUUGUCCUGUUAAA